AUGCCUCACACACGACAUAGCCGCGACGGCGCCUCUUCAGGCUCGUCCCAUUCUGACGAACACCGCUCAGUCCAUCCCCGCCGGUCCUCCUCCCGCACCACCGCCAGCACCGCCGCCGCCGCCGCAAAAAGCAGCUCGUCCGCCGGCAGCAGGCGUCCCAGCCUGCAACAGCGCUCGUCAGCCACUGACCACCACCCCUCAGGCAUCCCCUCGUAUCCGCAUCAUCACCAAAAUCAACAGCAUCAGCGUCAUUCAGCAGCCUCCAAGCAGCAGCAGCAGCAGCCUGCAGCGCUCGCUCCCCCGCCCCAAGACCACAAUAACCGCGACUCCUUUGCCUCCAUUGUCGACGACCCCUUCUUCCUCCGCUACGACCCCGCAAUCUCCCAUACCUCUCCUGCUGCUCUUGCUGCUGCCGAUCUCGACCCUAGCCACCACCCAAACGCUCUGGCUACAACCUAUUACGAGGAAGCACAGACCGACAGCGAUGAGAGCGAUGAAGCUGAGCCUUGGCAGACUUCCUACCGCGAAUCUCUAAUCAUUGGCCGCAACCCGCCUGUUUCCUAUCCCCUGUCGACUAUGGACGGAUUUAAUAUCGCCGUUAUUGGCGCCACGGGCGUCGGCAAAUCAACCUUUAUCCAGCGAGUGCUCGGCCUACCUCGUCCCACCACCUCCGGCACAUCUACCGUCCGACUCGUUGUCGACAACGUCACACAUACUGUUACACUCCUCGAGCUGGAUCUCGAGCACUUUGACCUGACCUCCUCCCAACCAAUACAGUGGCCAAAGCAUAUAAAUGGCCACUCCGUCCCUUCUGUGGACGGAGCCUUGAUUUUAUACGACGUCCUCUCCAAAGAAUCUGUCAGGAUGCUGCCGCAAACAAUGACUGCCCUGACGAGGUCUGGGCUACCUUCCAUCCUGGUUGCCAAUAAAUGUGAACAACCAGACGACGAAUGGGAGGUAGAUCCGGAUGGCAUGGCCGGACACAAGUUCUUUACACAAUGCUUGGCAAGCUACAAAAUCUCCGAGACGAAUCCAGAAGCCGGCAGAGCUUGUCUGCAGGCCAUGCUGCGUGGUGCUGUUUCCCACCGAAAAGCAGACCCAGCAGACCCGGUACUACGAAAGCGAGCCCAAUCUGCCGUCAACCUCGAGGCACCCGAAGCCAAUGCAGGCCGCCCAACCAGCCAACAAAGCAAGCAUAGUCGUGCUAGCUCAGAGCUCUCAGUUCUGCGUCCAUAUCCCAAUCAGCAAGGCUCGGAAAGCUACCGUACAAGAGUAUCUAGAAGCCCCAGGAAGGGAGUUCGAACGUCCGAUAAACCCGGGACAGACUACUUCCUCGAUGUGGACGGGUCCGAUGGCGAGACACAAGUCAACUCUGAUGACGGAUCUGUGGUACUUCGUCCAGACGAAACACAACAAAAGCUGGGUGGGGUGCUAUUUGACGAUCUUGUCGACCGUCUUCUGGCUCUGCGGCUAUCAAGAGCCGACAAUAACUUUUCCGACAUCUUUCUAUGCCUCUAUCGCAAAUUUGCUACACCUGGCGACCUGUUUGCUGCCAUUAUGAUUCGUCUGGAUCGAGUAAAGGAAGACAAGAGCUCUCAUUAUUUGGCAACGACGGCUACACAACUCCGCAUAAUUGAAAUCAUUGCCAAAUGGGUGUCACUAUAUCCUGGCGACUUUGCAAGGGUAUCCAAGAGAAAGAGCCUGCAAGAGUUUGUCAACCAGCUAUCAACAGAACCCAUCUUCUGCAUAGCCUCGCAGCAAAUGCGACGCAGCCUAUCAAGAUGUGUUAUGGAAGACGAUGAUACGGGAUGGGCAGCUGCCGAUGAUGAGGAUAUUGCUACGGAAAAGCUAGCCAAAGAUGUUGGAGCCGUCACUGGCAAUAUCGGCAAGCUCGUUAUUGACGACGAAUUGGACGAAGAGUCGGAGAGAGCACGCAUGCAAAACGGGUCCGGAGGAUAUAUUCAAUUCCACUCAUACGACGAGUAUGAGAAGGAAGCCAGUCUGCUAGAGCCGACCGACUACCUACCGAUGGACAAAGAACGCUAUCACUCGUUGAUGGAGUUUUCCGACGACGAAAUUGCUGAGGAGUUGACGCGCAUCGACUGGAUCAUGUAUUCUUCCAUCAGAAUACGUGAUUUUGUGCGCUACGUCAGCCUCUCUGCUAGCAAAAAGGAAAAAUGCAAGAGUCUCCGAAACGUCAACCGGAUGAUCAACCACUUUAACCAUGUUGCAAAAUGGGUUGCCAACUUGAUUUUGCUGCGAGACAAGGCUAAACACCGUGCUAGUAUGCUGGAGCGCUUCAUGAACAUUUCGAUCAAACUCCGCCAACUAAACAAUUACAACGGACUGGCGGCUGUCUUGGCUGGAAUUAACGGAACUGCUAUUCACAGACUUGCCCAAACAAGGGCAUUAGUGCCUGCCGAUGUGCAGAAGCGCUUUGCCCGCACUGUCAUCUUGAUGGGAACACAAAAGAGUCACUUUGCAUACCGCCUUGCCUGGGAGAACUCGCCUCUGCCACGUAUUCCUUUUAUCCCCCUCCAUCUGCGAGAUUUGGUAUCCGCCGAGGAGGGUAGCAAGACGUUUGUCGGACCUAGUGAGAAUCGCGUCAAUUGGAAGAAGUUUGAAGUAUUGGGAGAAGUGCUUUUGCCACUCAUGCGCAGCCAAGGCACUGCUUACCCUAAUUUGAAUCCUAAUAUGGCUAUACGAGAGUUGAUUCUAGCCUGCAAGAUGCCGACAGACGACGAAGAGAUUUACCAACGAAGCGUAGAAGUGGAAAGCGCAAACUCGAGUGUUUUCGAUCCCACCAAAAAGAAAUUCCCUUGGGAUCGUGGCGUGUGGAUUACCAAGGCUGGACUCUGUCAUGUCCGAUUCUCUGUUUGCCUCAAUGGAGAGUUGCUGUGCGGCAAGGACGAUGUGCGAUGUUUUAUUGAAACCAUAAGAGAUUGCGAUAUUUGGAUACGGCUUGGUCUGCGAUUACGAUACGCAGGCGAACCAGAUCCGCUCAUCGCAUCUGACCUUGCUUUCUCUAUACAUCACCCGGACAUCUCCUCCACGCUAAUCACACCAACCAGUGUGAUAAAGGCAGAAUUGCAAAGUCUCAGCUACACUCUGGUACUGACCAAGGGCAAAGCCAAGAGCAGCAAUAGAAAACGGCACAGUUCGACGGCAAAAGCCAAAUUAGCCAAUAAAACUCGCAAGAUCGAAAGAAAACAAGCGGAGCCAGACCGGUUUUAUGACGGAUUGGACUUGGUUGAUAAACAGGCUAUAGACGAGAUUGUACAGAGCUUGGGACUUGGCCAACCCUCUGACGGAGUGCAAGAGACUGACGAAGACCUGGAUCUGGGACAGGCGACGCAAGCCUUGGUGAUGGAAAAUGCUGUGACUUUGGUAUCUAUGCUUCUAAAUCUUGCUGCCAUCGGCACAACGAGACCCACCAGCGGGUUUGUGCCAGACUAUCGCAUAAGCCCCGGCCAAACACUCUGCAACUUGGCACCUGGUGUAUUUCACUACGACCAUCUUCAGAAAUUACGCGAAGGCGCAGAGCUUAUACCAACAAUUGCGCGCUCUUUAGAGGCUAUGCGAAGCGCAGAGUCCAUCUCUCUUCGCAAGAAACUGCUGAACCAAGAUCAACAAGAACAGACAGGACAAGCUUCAAAUACUCAAGAAGAGGCGGAGAUGGGUCCUUUAUGCAAAAAUUUACAACGUCGACUAUGGGAAACCAUGCUAAGACAUAUGAAGGCGCCUCCACUGAAAAGCAAAGAAGCCAUUAUGGCGACAAUGAGUAGCCCUAAUCCGGUCCAAGCGACUUGCGAAGACCAAAGAACCCCAAACACAUCUCGAACGAUAACAACGAACCAGGUGGAGGAGAACAUCGGUCCAUGGCCAGAACUUGCAAUGCAUUCUAUGCCGAUGAACCCGCUCACGGAUCUCGCACCGACGCCAGACCCAACAUCUAUACCAAUUAAUGCAGCAUGUCUCCCUCCCACCGGAUUUCCCGUCUCUGGCCACCAAUGCCAUCAAGUCUUUGCUUAUCCCCAUCUAUAUACUCCGCAAAAUAUUCAACCUUUCCCGCUGCCUAACCCGGUCCAUUACUACGGUUACCAGGCACCGGUGCCUCUACCCACGCCACAAGCUGAGUUUUAUCAACGAGAGGCAAGCGAGCAGCAAUACCAAUCUUUUGAAGACAUGUUGUUUGAUAUGUAAAACGUGGCUGAGGCGGCUGCCAGUUAAAAGCUGUGCUUGAGAUAAGAAAGGAAAUGAUAUAUUAAUUUUUGCUACACUGAGCUUGUGGUAUCUUUAAGAUCGGGCCGGCGAUCAUCCCAUAGGGUCAACAGAUAGAAUAGUAAUACAGCCAUGACAAGUUGCUUUGAAGAUGAAAAUCAUUUCUUUUUCAAGCUCUAUAAUCUUGGAUUGUCGUACUUUGGCGCCUCCUUGGCAGCACCACCACCUCCUCCAGCAGCAGCAGAAGCAGCGGGCUUCGCAGCAGCGCCACCCUUCUUUGUAUCCUUCUUCUUUCUUUGAGACGGCUUAAGCGUAGCGUAAUGUAUGUACCAGAUGAGAAGGCACUGCAGUCCGAGGCCAACGAGUACGAGAAUGAGCUUGACGAACAGAUCUGGCUGGUCGUUGAGUGUCGCUACGGCCUGCGGUGUCGCGCCGACUUUUGAGAGCCAGUCAAAGCUACCCAUUUUCAGGACGGCGGUGUUUUAUAAUUGUGAGACUUUUUGCGGGAGCAGAGUUUCUGGUCCGUGAGAGGAACGCCUGAUGUUGAUGUUUCGUUUGGUGGUCGUGUGAAUAGUGCAGAAAGACAACGGCGAUUUCUGCUUUUGUUAGGUUGGAGAGUAAUGAGAGGUUGAAAAGUGAUGAUGAAGAAAGGAAAAAGGGAUUUGGGCUUGGGGCAGAUGAUAGGAGCAUUUGUUUGAAGCCGUAGUGAAACGCCUGAUGUUGAGACUACGGGCGUUUC